AUGUCCUCGUCCAUCCGAUCAGUUGUCUGCUCAAAAUAUCUUGCUGUUCUUGUUCUUGGUCUGACUAUCCCGUUUGCCAUCCGUAUUGCCCAGUUGUACACCCCCGGCAUUUUUCAGUCUACAUUUAACUGCUCCCACCUGGAGAGCUCUGCACAAACCAUGGCUUCGGAGACCAACGGUGAUCUUCCAACACGGACACCGGUCUACUUCCUCGGCAUUGGCGGGCCCAAUUUCAUCGAAAAUACAAAGCAUCCUGCCUAUACCCAACUGGCCAGCAUCGGUCACGAGAUUACGACAAAGGUCAAGCCCAAGGCCGUCGUCGUCUUCUCUGCGCACUGGCAAAGCAGCCCGAACAAGAUUGAGAUCAAUGUCGGCGAGCAGAUGGAUAUCAUUUAUGAUUUCUAUGGCUUCCCGGCACAUUUCUAUGAGCACGAAUAUCCGAACAAGGGCAGUAGGGAGGUUGCCGAAAAGGUUAUUGAAAAAUUGGGGGCUGCUGGGAUUGAGGUCGAUAGAGUCGAAAGGGGUCUUGACCAUGGUGUCUGGGCUGGGUUUAUGGCUGCUUUUAAUCCAAAGAAGAACCCAUUAGGUGUGCCAAUAGUGCAAGUCUCCCUGUUUGACAGUGAGGACUUGGAUCAACAUUACCGCCUCGGACAAGCGCUGGAAAGUCUUCGAGAUGAAAAUAUCCUCAUCAUCGGCGCCGGAAUGGCUGUCCAUAAUACUCGUGAUUUCCGGAGGACAUUGACAACUGGCGAGACCAUGCCUUACGCCUUCAGCUUCGACGAAGCAUUAAAAGAGGCCACCACGGCAAAUCCCGAGGAACGCCAGGCCCAGAUGUCGGCUUUGAUAAGCCGCAGUGACGCGAGACAGGCCCAUCCCAGUGUAGAGCAUCUUCUUCCGGUUCUUAUCAGUGCGGGUGCUGCAGGGACGGACCGUGGCGAGCAACUAUGGACAUUUCCUGAGGCAAGCUUGAGUUGGGCGCAGUACCGAUUUGGCAAAAUAUGA